UUCCUAAUAAAUUAUACGAGCCUAUAUAUUUUCCACUGUUGGGAAACCACACCGAUAGCUCAAACUUUUCCGAGCAAACGGUGUUUUCCCUCCUUCACAUAUUUCGACGAACGGAAAAUAAAAUUUCAUUUUUAAUUCAAAUUGUAUGCAACAGUUUCUAACUUAUAAAAAACUUAUUCACUACACAUAUCUUUAAAACACAAUAAUCUUGUAACAAAACAUUCCUCUAUCCACUAUUUCAUAAUAUCUGAAACCAGGAGGCUUUGCGCUACUGCCUUUACAAUCCUUUCAAGUCCAGUGUGUGGGGAGCGUCGGUCGCAGACUGUCGUGUCGCCGCGCCCAAGCAGCGGUUUUCUCGAAAAGUUUCGGGCAAGUGCAGUGAUUCAGUGAGUGGCUACGUGUUGAAAAAUUGUGUAAUUUAGUGUUUAUUACAUGUGAAAAGGAUGGUUUAUGAUUUAAGUCUGCUGGUAUAAGCAGGUCACGAUGAAGGGUCGUGAGGUGGUGUUCCUGGUGAUCCUGGGAUGUGGUGCGGCUGCUGUGCUGUUCGCAGUCGCCGCCUACCUCUACAUCCGGCGUAGGAGGAAAAAGAGGGAGGACGAGGAAGAUGGCACUAGCUGUGCUAUCAGAGCCGAUCAGUCUUCCUCUGAUGGAGGAAGAGAGAAAAAUACAAGCAGGUUGAAUGGAUUCCUGAAUUUGAAGACACCUCUCAUCAGCACCAAGACUCUGGGAGCUCAACUUGAGACAACAUCAAUAAGCUCCCCUCAAGCGAAGUCUCCAGCCGGGAGCAGCGCAGGCGCAGCUGCCAGUGCGUCCACGGCACCAGGAGAGCGGACCCCGACAGCACACAACAAACAACUCCAGAAUGUCAAGGGGCAGGACCAUCCGCCGCACCCAUCUAAUCGAUCGAUUUCCCUGGUUGAUAUGUACAUCGACAACUCGGAGCCUUCAGAAAACGUCGGCCAGAUACAUUUCAGCUUGGAGUACGACUUCCAGAACACUACCCUGAUAUUAAGGAUAAUUCAGGGCAAGGAGUUGCCUGCUAAGGACUUGAGCGGUACUUCAGACCCCUAUGUGAGGGUUACCUUACUGCCGGACAAGAAGCAUCGGCUGGAGACCAAGAUCAAGAGACGGACCCUCAACCCUCGGUGGAACGAAACCUUCUAUUUCGAAGGGUUCCCCAUACAGAAGCUGCAGAGUCGGGUACUUCACCUCCACGUUUUUGACUACGACAGAUUCUCAAGAGAUGACUCCAUUGGAGAAGUAUUCCUGCCUCUAUGUCAGGUGGACCUCAGUGAGAAGCCUUCAUUCUGGAAGGCGUUGAAGCCUCCAGCGAAGGACAAGUGUGGUGAGCUUCUGACUUCACUCUGCUACCACCCAAGCAACAGCGUCCUGACUCUGACGCUGCUGAAGGCAAGGAACCUCAAGGCAAAGGAUAUUAAUGGGAAAUCAGAUCCCUACGUAAAAGUGUGGCUACAGUUUGGCGACAAACGUAUUGAGAAGCGCAAGACAGCUAUCUUCAAGUGCACCCUGAACCCCGUGUUCAACGACUCCUUCUCCUUCAACGUGCCCUGGGAGAAGAUCAGGGAGUGCUCCCUGGAUGUCCAGGUUAUGGACUUCGAUAAUAUUGGCAGGAAUGAGCUGAUUGGCAGGAUUUUACUAGCCGGCAAGAACGGGUCCGGGGCGACCGAAACCAAACACUGGCAGGAUAUGAUUACGAAACCGCGGCAAACGAUCGUGCAGUGGCAUCGCUUGAAGCCCGAGUGAAUUCAACAAAAAUAAAUAAAAAAGAAACAAAACGUCUUAAGACUGAACGGUUAACAAAAUUUAAUGGCGCACCAAACUCUCUGAUCUGUCCUUGUAAUGGCGUUGUGCACUAUUUUUUUUAAUUUUAAUUUUUUGUAAAAAAA